AAGGGAGGGGCGGGGAGGGUGGGUGUGUGCAGGGGUGAAGUGAGAGGUAACGGACACUCCGAACGAAGGGGUUUCGGUAACUCUUGUCACCCUUUCUCGCGGCUGAACCUUUGUAGCCAUGGUGAACUCGGGCCUCUCAAGAGCUGCCGCCGCCUUUGCCACCGCCGCUACGGUCUCUGAAGAUUGAGGGUCCGGGACGAGGUGAGCGAGGAGGCUGCGGCCAGAACGGUAGGGUCAGCAGCUACCAACCAUGUCAGAUACACGACGACGAGUGAAAGUCUAUACCCUGAACGAAGACCGGCAGUGGGACGACCGAGGCACCGGGCAUGUCUCCUCCACUUAUGUGGAGGAGCUCAAAGGGAUGUCGCUGCUGGUUCGGGCAGAGUCCGACGGAUCACUACUCUUGGAAUCAAAGAUAAAUCCAAACACUGCAUAUCAGAAACAACAGGAUACAUUAAUUGUUUGGUCAGAAGCUGAAAACUAUGAUCUGGCUCUGAGUUUUCAAGAAAAAGCUGGCUGUGAUGAGAUCUGGGAAAAAAUCUGUCAGGUUCAAGGUAAGGACCCAUCAGUAGAAGUCACACAAGACCUCAUUGAUGAAUCAGAAGAAGAACGAUUUGAAGAAAUGCCUGAAACUAGUCAUUUGAUUGACCUGCCCACGUGUGAACUCAGUAAACUUGAAGAGAUUGCUGAUUUAGUUACCUCAGUUCUCUCCUCACCUGUUCGAAGGGAAAAGCUGGCUCUGGCCUUGGAAAAUGAAGGCUACAUUAAAAAACUACUGCAGCUGUUUCAAGCUUGUGAGAACUUAGAAAACACUGAAGGCUUACACCAUUUGUAUGAAAUUAUUAGAGGAAUCUUAUUUCUAAAUAAAGCAACUCUUUUUGAGGUAAUGUUUUCUGAUGAGUGUAUCAUGGAUGUCGUAGGAUGCCUUGAAUAUGAUCCUGCUUUGGCCCAGCCAAAAAGACACAGAGAAUUUUUGACCAAAACUGCAAAAUUUAAGGAAGUUAUACCAAUAACAGACUCUGAACUAAGGCAAAAAAUACAUCAGACUUACAGGGUACAGUAUAUUCAGGAUAUCAUUUUGCCUAUGCCGUCUGUUUUUGAAGAGAAUUUUCUUUCUACUCUUACAUCUUUUAUUUUCUUCAACAAAGUUGAGAUAGUCAGCAUGUUGCAGGAAGACGAAAAGUUUUUGUCUGAAGUUUUUGCACAGUUAACAGAUGAGGCUACAGAUGAUGAUAAACGGCGUGAAUUGGUCAAUUUUUCCAAGGAAUUUUGUGCAUUUUCUCAAACAUUACAGCCUCAAAACAGGGAUGCAUUUUUCAAAACUUUGGCAAAAUUGGGAAUUCUUCCUGCACUUGAAAUCGUAAUGGGCAUGGAUGAUUUGCAAGUCAGAUCAGCUGCUACAGAUAUAUUUUCUUAUCUAGUAGAAUUUAGCCCCUCUAUGGUCCGAGAAUUUGUGAUGCAAGAAGCCCAGCAAAGUGAUGACGAUAUCCUUCUUAUUAAUGUUGUAAUUGAACAAAUGAUCUGUGACACUGAUCCUGAGCUCGGAGGUGCAGUUCAGUUAAUGGGACUUCUUCGUACUCUAAUUGAUCCAGAGAACAUGCUGGCUACAACUAAUAAAACUGAAAAAAGUGAGUUUCUGAAUUUCUUCUACAACCAUUGUAUGCAUAUCCUCACAGCACCACUUUUGACCAAUACUUCAGAAGACAAAUGUGAAAAGGAUAAAUUUGUUGGAUCUAACAAAAACAACACAAUUUGUCCUGAUAAUUAUCAAACAGCACAGCUACUUGCCUUAAUUUUAGAAUUACUCACAUUUUGUGUGGAACAUCACACUUACCACAUAAAAAACUAUAUUAUGAACAAGGACUUACUAAGAAGAGUCUUGGUCUUGAUGAAUUCCAAGCACACUUUCUUGGCUUUGUGUGCUCUUCGUUUUAUGAGACGGAUAAUUGGCCUUAAAGAUGAAUUUUACAAUCGUUAUAUCACCAAGGGAAAUCUUUUUGAGCCAGUUAUUAAUGCUCUUCUGGAUAAUGGAACUCGGUACAAUCUGUUGAAUUCAGCAGUUAUUGAGUUGUUUGAGUUUAUAAGAGUGGAAGAUAUCAAGUCUCUUACUGCACAUAUAGUUGAAAAUUUUUAUAAAGCACUUGAAUCGAUUGAAUAUGUUCAGACAUUCAAAGGAUUGAAGACUAAAUAUGAGCAAGAAAGAGACAGACAAAAUCAGAAACUAAACAGUGUACCAUCUAUAUUGCGUAGUAACAGAUUUCGCAGAGAUACAAAAGCCUUGGAAGAGGAUGAAGAAAUGUGGUUUAAUGAAGAUGAAGAGGAAGAAGGAAAAGCAGUGGUGACACCAGUUGAAAAAUCUAAGACAGAAGAUGAUUUUCCAGAUAGUUACGAAAAAUUUAUGGAAACUAAGAAAGCAAAAGAAAGUGAAGACAAGGAAAACCUUCCCAAAAGGACAUCUUCUGGUGGCUUCAAAUUUACAUUCUCCCACUCUGCGAGUGCUACUAAUGGAACAAACAGUACAAACAGUAAAUCUGUAGUAGCUCAGACACCACCCACAAGUUCUAAUGGUUCUUCUUCCAGAACUACAAACUUGGCUACAUCAGUAACAGCCACCAAGGGAAGUUUGGUUGGCUUAGUGGAUUAUCCAGAUGAUGAAGAGGAAGAUGAAGAAGAAGAAACAUCCCCCAGGAAAAGACCUCGUCUGGGCUCAUAAAAUGUUUACUGGGGGACCCCAGCAUGUGGUCUUACUAAAUUGCUGCAUCUGUUUCAUCAGCUGAAAAUCUGAAUCAGAAAGCCUUCUCACUUGAACUUAUAAAUACAAAGGAGUAGCAAAAGAUCCUCAGUAUAUCAGCUAGGAGAGUUUAGUUCUGUUUUAAAAGGGAAAAAAAAAAA